CUAGGGUCAUUCUUCAAAUAACGUACAAUAUUCUGUCUUAUGGAUAUUAAAAAAAAACUAGCAAGAAUAAAAAUCUAAUAAAGUUACAUAUAAUAGUGUAAAAUAGAAAGUACAUAAGGCAAUUAAUAUAAAAUGAAAAAAAAGAAUGUUUAUAAAAAAAAUUGUGUCCACAGACUAUGAUUAGUCAUGUCCGUGGACUGUCCCGCCAGUAUUUUCAAUAUAAAUUAAUGCGAAAAAAGCCUAAUCAAAAGCAAGAUGAAAAUAUACGACAUAUUUUCAGAAAAGUAAUGUACAGACUAAUAAAUAAAAAAUAUAUACAUACAUUUUUAAGUAUUAUUAUACUGAAUUCUAAUAUUAAACUGUUGUCCUAUCAGUUUUAGUCAUGUCUGUGGACAAAAGGGAAAAAGGGAAUUUUAGCACUAGAUCAAGUGGCAACACUGAUUUUAUCAGUUUGCUAGGCGAAGGAGUUCAGCCAUGUUGGAUGCUAAGCUGUUUCUGGUUGAAUUAGUUGAUUGCUCUUUUAUUAAGGUAGUGAAUUAAUUGAGAUUAUUGAAAGUGCAAAGAUCAUUCAACAGUUCCGUGGACAACUAAAAAAGGUAAGUGUUAUUAAGUUUUUAUGAAUAUUGUUUUUAAAUUAUGUCAAACUAGAACUUCUUUCUCCACUGUAGUGAAGGAGUUGGCUUAACCUUAAAUUUGCACUGGUAAAAAAUAAAAUACUAAGAAACCAUCAUGUCCGUGGACAUCAUGUCCGUGGAUUGUGCUGUCUAUGGACAGUCCACGGACAUGAUGUGUGGUAACGGACAUGACGUUUUUCUGUAUUUAGGAACUGAACACUAAUAUAAAUCAACACUGUUACCAGGACUGAUUAAUAUUUGCUCUUGUGAAUAUUUUAAUCAUAGAUCACAUGUUUUCAAGAAAUCUCAUAGCAUGGUUUAUCCUCUGUAGCUAUUGCUGGGCAACUGUUUACUUUGCAAAAACAACUAGGCCUAUUAGGCUUAUAUAUUAUAAAUUUGAAGUGAAUUUUAGAAAGUCCCUUUUGCUUAUUUAUUGGACCAACUUGAACAUAAAAAGGGUAAAUUUGUGUGAAUUAGAAGUGCGUGUCCCUAAAUUACAAAAAAUUGCCUCACACAGGCUCAUAUUUGCGGGGGUAGGGGGUGGAAACAUCACCUGAACUACCAGUAGUUUCUGAAAAAUAUCUUUUUUAAUAGCAGUCCAACAUAAAAAAAAAUUUUUUUGAACUUCUUUGUUUCAUUUAUCAUGAUCCUAGUGUUUUUCAAUCUUGAUAUGAGUUAUAUUGGUAAAUUAGUUAACUUUACAUUCUUAUAGAAGUAGGACCGCCCUUAAUUACAUACCAGUGAAAAAUAUUGUUGUUUUUUAAUCUGAAAAAUUUAUAUUUUAGGUCAUGGCAAGAGUGAAAAAGAAAGUGAAUACUGAAAAAUAUUUAGCCAAAAGAAGAGAAGCCAAGAAACUAAGUAUGCAGAGAGCUAGGGAGAAGUUGAAGCAAGAUCCUGAAAAACUUGAAGAAGCAAGAAAAAAAGACAGAGAGAGGAAAAAAGCCCAAAGAAAGCCAAUAAAUGAAAUGCCAACCCGACAACAAAGAAUUCUCAGAAAACAAUGGAAGCAAUGUUCAAAAACCUACAGAGAAAAAAUAAAGCAUCAGGAAAAACUUAUAAAUGAUUUAGAUGCUAAUACCCCACCAUCCAGUCCAGAUGCUUUUGCUACUCCACCACCAGAAAAGAGAAAUCAGCCAUCUACUUCUAGAGUGGAAAGCGGAAAAAGAAGACAGAGAAAAAAUAGGAAAAUGUUGAAAAAAGAGAAUAAAAAGUUACAUGACGAAAAUGCUACAUUGAGAAGAAAGGUUGAAACUUUACGUAAAAGAAUUCAGAGAUCAAAAAGUCCAAUUGAAGUGACACCAAGGAAAAAAGUUAAGCAUAUGUUAAAAGGACAAAAUUGUUCAAAUGAAAUUAAAAAACAACUUGUUUUUGGAGAAGUGCUUAAAAAUCAGAUUAAUGUUAACUUUAAAGAAGAAAAAAGCCUAAAUAGGAAGAGAUGUCUAGCCACAUUUUUAAGUGGUAAAAUAAUCAAGAAGUAUCGAAUGAUGUCUAAAGUUAGGGAUAUUAUUUCUCGCAGAACCACAAACUUGAAAACUAACAAUAAAAACAUUCACAAACUAGUGUGUGAGAGGAAAGAUGUUACAUAUUUUUUGUCCCAAGAUGAGCACAGUAAGCAGUGUGCAGGAAAAAAGGAAACAAUAACACGAAAAAAAGUAAAAAUGCAGAAACGGCUAUUAACAGAUUCUCUGCAGAAUCUUCACAAAAAGUUUACAGCCACUUACCAAAACCACAACGACAUGAGCUACUCCAAGUUUUGUAAACUUAGACCGUUUUGGAUUACCAUCCCUGAUUGUAAAAAUAGAGACACUUGUUUGUGUAAACUCCAUACAAAUAUGGAACUCGUUGUUUCAAAGUUGAAUAGUUCACAACUAAUCACUGAGAAAAAUACUAAAGAUUUGUUAUCGAGCCUUACUUGUGAUGGAGAAACCAACGAAAUUUGUCUUCAAAGGAAAUGUGUAAUCUGUAAACUCAGAAACAUUGAUAUAGCCUUGAAUGAUGACAACAAAAAUGACACCAUUAACUAUUUUUAUUGGAACACUAUUGAAGUAGAAGUAGAAAUUAAGGGAAUCAAGAAGAAAAAGAAAAAAACUGUGAAAGAAGACAGAUCUACUACAAAAGAAAUGCUUGUUAGACUAUUUAGAGGUUUGUUGAACAAAUUUUUGAUCCAUGUUCUUAAUAUAAAACACCAGUAUCGAGCCAUCCGCCAAGCAAAGGAAAACUUGAAAGUAAAUGAGGGUUUAUUACACAUGGACUACUCAGAGAAUUAUAAUUGUAAGUAUACAGAAGAGAUCCAGAGUUUGCACUUUGGAGGAUCAAGAAAUCAAGCUACUUUGCACACUUCAAUAUUAUACUACAAAGAUAAAGUCACUGAAGAUUUGAAAUCUGUUUGUUUUUGCACUGUAUCUGAAGAAAGGCGCCAUGAUGCAGUUGCUGUUUGUGGACAUCUCAAACCGAUUUUCAAAGAAAUUAAAAACUUAAUACCAAAUCUUUCAAAAAUGCAUUUUGUAAGCGAUGGCCCCUCCAGUCAAUAUCGUAACAGAAAAAUGUUUGUUCUCAUUGGUGAAUAUCUGACAUCUCUGUUGGGUGUAAGUAGUGUCAAUUGGCAUUACCUAGAAGCCGGGCAUGGCAAGGGAGCUGCUGAUGGAGUUGGCGGUGUCCUGAAAAGAACAGCUGACAACUUAGUAUCAAAAGGAGUAGAUAUACCUACUGUACCUGUUUUGGUACAACAGUUGAGUCUACACUGCCCUGGAGUAAAAGUGAUAUAUGUUACUCAUGAGGAGGUUUUGGAGUGCGAUAAUCUUCAACUUACAUUACCCAAGUUUAAAGGGACCAUCAAAACUCAUGAAAUCUGUUGGGCAGAAGCUAAUAAAAACCUGAUCCAAGUAAGAAGUCUUACAUGUAUGUUAUGUGCUCCAAACCAAAAAUGUAAACAUUUCCAUAUUGGACAGAUAAACUUGCAACACUCUCAAGGACAAAAUACCAAAACCUCGACUGCUUCAAGUUCUACACACUGUGGUAAGACCAAAACUUCCAUGGACAAACUGAAAAAUAGGAACAACUCUUCAUUCAAGACCUCGACUGCUACACACUGUGGUGAGACUUUCAAGAACCCUGAAGAUGGGGAUUGGCUCCUAGUAAAAUUUCCUGGGAAGCGCAGCAUCAAGUACUACAUUGCUAUUGUGGAGCAGAUCAUUGAGACUGAAGGAAUUUUUGUUCGGUGUGGAAGAAAUAUCGGUGACAAUGUUUUUAAGUGGCCCGAACCUGAGGACAAAUGUUUAAUAGACUAUGACCAAAUUGAGAAAAGAUUAAAGCCACCUUCAUUCAACUAUAAAAAUGACAGACUUGUUUCAUUUAAAUUUGAACAUAAAUUUGAUGACUAUCUUAUUUUGUAAAAUUAUGUUUAGUACACACACUUACGGUACAUUUUGAUGUUGUACCAGACACUAUUCUACCUAAGAUUUACCAAAUAAUAAACAAACUAACUCAUUGUU